UUAAUCUAGUAUAGCACUGUUCUAAUUUUUUCUCACACAGUGUGAGAGAGAGAGAGAGAGAGAGAGAAAAAGAAGUGCAUAGAAAUUAGAUUGACUCUUUUGGAUUCUCUCAGAUUCUCAGAGGAGGACCAAAAAUUUAGGGUUUUUUUUUUUGUUUUUGUUUUUGUUUUUUUUUUGCUUUGCUUCUCUCUCGCUCUGUUGGUUUUUGCACAGAGUAAAUUAUAGAAGGAAUACAGAGACCUGUACUUUUUGAAGGAAUUUGGAAGGUAUGCAGUCAAAGUCUGAAAAUGGAAAUCGACUAGAACCUGAUUCACAUGCCAUUCCACCAACAAGUGUCUAUCCUGAACCUUGGUAUCAUGCUAUGACAAGGGGAAAUAUAUCCAAUUCAUCUUCAUUUGAAUGCCCAAAUGGUGGUUCAGAGUCGAACGAUGGUCAAUCAUAUUCAAAUGGUAGACUGAAUGGGGAAGAUGACGAUGGCACCAAAGAAUCACAGAAUACUGCUUCUUCACGAUCAGCUGGAAAUAAUGGACAAGAACAACAGAAUGUGAAGCAUGUAGCAUCCAAUGCUCCUUCUAGGCAUGAUGAAUGCCUCACACAACCUCCCCAGCUUGAACUUGUUGGUCACUCAAUUGCAUGCGCAUCAAAUCCAUAUCAGGAUCAAUAUUAUGGGGGAAUGAUAGCAGCUUAUGGGCAUCAGCCUUAUGGUUAUCCUCCUUUUCUUGGAAUGCCUCAUGCCAGAAUGCCUUUGCCCCUCGAGAUGGCACAAGAGCCUGUUUAUGUGAAUGCUAAACAGUACCAAGGUAUUCUGAGGCGGAGACAGGCACGUGCUAAAGCCGAGCUUGAAAAGAAGUUGAUAAAAGUUAGAAAGCCAUAUCUUCACGAAUCUAGGCAUCAGCAUGCUAUGAGAAGGGAAAGGGGUACUGGAGGACGUUUUGCAAAGAAAACUGCUGCCGAAGCUGCAAAUUAUGAAGCCAAAGAAAAGGGCAAAGGUUCUGGUCCAGCCCUCUCGUCACAGUCUGCAAGUUCAUCUGGUUCUGAACCCUUGCUCACUGACUCUGCUGAAACAUGGAAUUCCUCCCAUGGGCCUCCGGAAGGGAGGCACAAUGCACCUGAAGCUCACAAUUAUGUAAACGGUAGUGUUCACUACCAGAAUCAUAACAGCUUGCAGGCCUCAUCAUAUCUACAUGCUAGUGAAAGAGGCGAGGAAGGAGACCGUCCUGGCCAGCAGUGGGGAAGUAUCUCCUCUAACCAGGCUUCACAGAGGCGUCUUGCCAUCCAGUAAACCUGUGCUCUGGGGAUUUGGACCCAACCCAGUUUGAAUAGGAUGUAUUCCUUGUUUAUCUGAUGACAAACAUUCUUGGCAAUUUAUAUGUCAGGCGGCAAAUCAUUCUUGGCUUUUAUAUUAUGCAUGUGGCAUGGAUGAAUAGUGGAGGAGAUUGUUAAUGGGCCAAUAUGGCUUCCUAAGAGAAAUCUCCAGAUGCUUCAAUCCAUCCUUCUUCCCAUUUUUGCUCUUUGUACAGAUAAAGAUUAGAUAACUCAAAGUUUGCCUUUAACUCUCGGUUAAUGUAGAAACCAACUUGUUUGAUAGUA